AUGGAGUAUCACCAUGCUUCGGAGAUCAAUGGAGUAGCUGACGAAUACCUGAAGAUGUGCACAGAGACUAGACAUCAUGGGUUGUGCAGAGAAGAGAAGGACUCCAAGGACGCUGCAGAUUCAGACAAGCUGUCCUGCAUCGAGAAAGCUUAUAGAACCGUACUGAGUGAGCUUGGGGAGGAUCUGGACCGGGAGGGACUUCUACGUACACCACUACGUGCAGCCAAAGCCAUGCAGUUCCUCACCAAAGGCUACAAGGAAACAACCCAAGAUAUCUUAAACAAUGCAAUUUUUGAUGAAAACCACGAAGAGAUGGUGAUUGUCAAGGAUAUCGAGCUGUUUUCUCUCUGUGAACAUCACCUGGUGCCCUUCUUUGGCAAGGCUCACAUAGCAUACCUCCCAAACAAGAAAGUGGUUGGUCUCAGCAAACUUGCCAGAAUUGUUGAGAUCUACAGCAGGAGGCUUCAAGUUCAAGAGCGUCUAACCAAACAGAUUGCGUCAGCCAUCUCUGAAGCGUUGGAGCCUGCUGGAGUGGCAGUGGUGAUUGAGGCUGUUCAUAUGUGCAUGGUGAUGAGAGGUGUGCAGAAGAUGAACGCCAGUACUGUUACAAGUGUCAUGCUGGGAAGAUUUCAUGGUGAUCCCAAGACCAGGAAGGAGUUUCUUGCUUUAACAAUGAAGAAGUGA